CUAUUCUCUCAUUUUCCCACGAGCCAAACAGCAGCGUAGGGAAAUGAAGGACAAUCCGGUAAUAACACCGUCUCUUUCUCUUCCCCAAAGUUGACCUUCCAACCCACGUCUCUGCAACUCACGUCCUACCUUUCCCUACCUAAACCUUUAAUCCUAAGUCUCCGUUCCUCACAAACCCUAACGCUAAAGGCAGCUCUCCCUCCACAUUUCUCCACCCAAAACGAUGUCGUUUGACGAAGACGAAGCCUUCGAGCACACUCUCCUGGUGGUCCGGGAAGUCUCCGUUUACAAAAUCCCCCCUCGCUCCACCAGCGGCGGCUACAAGUGCGGCGAGUGGCUUCAGUCGGACCUUAUCUGGACCGGUCGCCUCCGAGUCGUUUCCUGCAAGGACCGCUGCGAGAUCCGCCUCGAGGAUCCCAAUUCCGGCGAGCUCUUCGCCGCCUGCUUCGUCCUCCCUGGCCAACGCGAGAGCUCGGUUGAGACCGUCCUCGAUUCCUCGAGGUACUUCGUUUUGAAGAUCGAGGACGGGGCGGGGAAGCACGCCUUCAUUGGGCUAGGGUUUGCGGAGAGGAAUGAGGCGUUUGAUUUCAAUGUGGCGUUGUCGGAUCACGAGAAGUAUGUGAGGAGGGAGCAGGAGAAGGAGACCGGGGAGGCCAGUGAUGAUGGUAGCCACAUCGAUAUUCAUCCGGCUGUAAAUCAUAGAUUGAAGGAUGGUGAAACCAUCCGGAUAAAUGUGAAGAACAAGGCAACUAGUGGAACUGGUAUGCUUUCAGCUGCUGGGUUGUCAGGGACACAAUCUGGAACAGGAAAACCUAAAACUCUGGGUCUUGCUCCACCACCUACUGGGGCUGGGAAAAUUAGGUCUCCUCUCCCACCGCCACCUAAUGAUCCUGCUGCUGUUCGGAUGACUUCUUCUAGCCAUGGUGUUGAUCUCAAGGGCAGUGAGGAAGAUAUGAGGCACACUACUGAUGCUUUCUCAGGUCUUUCUCAACUUGAGAAGAGCCUUCCUGCUAGCACCAGCUCAGGAUCAACCAAGACCACUGCAUCAGGAUGGGCAGCAUUUUGAUUGUGCGGAGUAUUUGUUGGAUAUGAUUGAGAUUUUUAUUUGUUGUCUUAUUUGAGAAAAAGAGGGGGAGAGAGAAAAAAGGAAAUAUGAAAUGAAGAGUGAAGAAAGCAAGAAAGUUAAGGUACUGAAUGUUUCAUUUCUGGAAAAUAAUGUUUUCUUGAAUAUAUUAAUAUACUUCUUUGGCCUACUUGAACUUA